AUAAUAAUCUCGAAAUUACAAUAGGUUUUAAAUUUAAGCUGUAUAUCAAAUAAAACAGUUUUUGUUUUAUAAAUAAAAUAAUUAAUUAAAACAUAAAAUGACAACAAAUGCUAUAAUUAAGACCACAUCGGGAACAGUGAGGGGUCAAGUGGUGUCGGCGCUCAACAAAACUCUAUACCAAUUUCAAGCCAUACCAUACGCUGAGCCACCGGUCGGUGCUUUACGUUUCGCAACUCCCAAACCUAUCAUAAAGCCAAGAGAUGGUAUAAUAGACGCCACAAAACCGGGAAAAAGUAGUUUACAAUUGAAAAUACCAUAUCAAUCAACCGUGGUCAACCAAAGUGAGGACAGUCUUGUGCUAAAUAUAUGGACACCAACUCUACCCACAGAUAACACAACCAAUCAGUCACUCAAACCGGUUAUGUUUUGGAUAUAUGGCGGCGCGUUUAGUUAUGGCACAAUUAAUUCUUACAACGGCCGGGCAUUGGCCGCACACGACGUGGUGUUUGUGGCCCCGAACUAUAGGUUGGGAUUGUUUGGGAACCUCUACGGGGAUCGGGAGGACGCGCCCGGAAAUGUGGGCCUUUAUGAUCAACUAUUGGCCCUGAAAUGGGUUAGAGAAAACAUACAUUUGUUUGGCGGAGAUAGGGAUCAGAUCACCAUUUUUGGUGAGAGCGCCGGCAGUAAGUCUGUGUCGGCGCACAUACUCUCCCCGCUAUCAAAAGGGUUAUUUAAGAGGGCUAUUAUGCAAAGCGGGGCAAUGAUGUCCUACAGGGACAGGGAUUUGUUGAGCAAAUCCAGGGCUCUGUCCGACGGUAAACGUCUGGCCAAAGAACUGGGUUGUAGUGAACGGAAGGAUUGGAUACAGUAUUUACGGACAGUUGACGUCAAACGCCUGUUGGAAAAGACCAAACCGUUAUACUUACCAGUGUUUGGGACACAGUUUUUACCACUUUCAGCGCAAAAAGCAUUUGAAAAUAAACUGUUUAAUUCUGGUCUAAAUUAUAUUGAUUUAAUAGCGGGCAUUAACAGCAUGGAGGGCUCAAAUUUGGCCAGGUGGUUUGUAAUACCGGACAAACCGGUAUUUACUUUGGAUGACUUUGUGUCGGGAGUAAAAGUGUCAGAAGCCAUAACACACGGCGUGGAUGUGAAUAAAGCGAUAGACUAUUACCUGAAAGUAAAAGUGUCAGAAGCCAUAACACACGGCGUGGAUGUGAAUAAAGCGAUAGACUAUUACCUGAAAGGUGUGGACACGAGUAGUACACCGGCUCUGAAGCGAGCGUUUUAUCAAUAUUUUGGCGAUUUAUUUAUGAAAUACCCGACAUAUGAGUUCACCCGACAAAUGGCCACAACUGUUGGCAAUCGGCAUAACAUAUACUUCUAUGAACUCUCAUAUCAGAGCCAAUACUUAGCCAGAAAACUCGGGUGCGAUGACAAGGAUGCGAGUGUCGGACACGCGAUGAUUAUACCGUUUGUCUUCGGGAAACCUAUUGUUGGACAUAAUGUCGACAAAUACAAUGAAACCGAUCGUCAGUUCAGUCGUGAUGUAAUGCGGAUGUGGACUAACUUUGCGAAAUACGGCAAACCGGACGACAAAUGGCCGCAACUGUUGAGUGAUCCGAAUGUACCGAAAGUGAAGGAUUUAAACCCCGACCCAAACCGACCCCCACUUCACGACCCUAUUGAAGUGAAGACCACAUCGGGAAGAGUGAGGGGUCGAGUGGUUGUGGCGCUCAACACAACUCUAUACCAAUUUCAAGGCAUACCAUACGCUGAGCCACCCAUCGGUGCGCUCAGGUUUGCUAAACCCGAACCCAUGAAAAAGGCCAGAGAUGAUAUAAUAGACGCCACAAAACCGGGAAACAGUUGUAUGCAAAAGGAAAUGGGUUUCAUUCCGUUUCCCAUCACUCAGAGUGAGGACAGUCUUGUGCUAAACAUAUGGACACCAACUCUACCCACAGAUAACACAACCAAUCAGUCACUCAAACCGGUUAUGUUUUAUAUAUACGGCGGCGGACUUACGAUUGGGACCAUUGAUAAAUACAACGGCGGACCACUGGCCGCACACGACGUGGUGUUUGUGGCCCCGAACUAUAGGUUGGGUUACUUUGGUUUUCUAUACGGGGAUCGGGAGGACGCGCCCGGAAAUGUGGGACUUUAUGAUCAGUUAUUAGCACUUAAAUGGGUUAGAGAAAACAUUCAUUUGUUUGGUGGAGAUAAAGAUCAGAUCACCAUUUUUGGUGAGAGCGCCGGCAGUUGGUCCGUAUCGGCGCACAUACUCUCCCCGCUAUCAAAGGGUCUGUUCAAAAGGGCUAUUAUGUCGAGCGGCGCUCAUAUGUAUAAUAAGGACAGGGAUGUGAUCAGUAAAGAUGAAGCCAUAGCAGAAGGAAAACGUAUUGCCAAAGAGUUGGGUUGGAGUGAAGACAUGCAUUGGAUUCAGUAUUUACGGACAGUUGAGGCCAAGGUUUUGGUGGAUAAGUCCCAAAAAAUAACAUUCCCGGUGUUGGGCACAGAAUAUUUACCAUUUUCCGCUCAAAAUGCUUUCCACAAAAAUGAGUUUUAUUAUGACAUCGAUCUAAUGGCGGGCAUUACCAGCACUGAGGGCUCAGUUCUAUCCAAGCUAUAUAUAGCACCGAAUAGAGAGGUUUACACUUUGGAUGACUUCUUGUCAGGGGUUAAGGCAUCGGACGACAUGUUUCACGGCAUAGAUGUGCAGAAAUUGACGGCAUAUUAUUUGAAAGGUGUGGACACGAGUAGUACACCGGCUAUGAAGCGAGCGUUUUAUGAAUUUUACGGCGAUUUAUUCAUAAAAUACCCGACAUAUCUAUUCGCCCGACAAAUGGCCGCAACUGUUGGCAAUCGGCAUAACAUAUACUUCUAUGAACUCUCAUAUCAAAGUCAGUUCUUUGCCAAACACUUUCAAUGCGAUGACAAGGACUCGGCGGUCGGACACGGAAUGGACUUACCGUUUGUCUUUGGUAUACCUCUCUUGACAAAAAUGGUCGAUUCUUUUGAUGAAACCGAUCGUACCUUCAGUCGAGAUGUGAUGCGGAUGUGGACUAACUUUGCGAAAUAUGGCAAACCGGACGACAAAUGGCCGCAACUGUUGAGUGAUCCGAAUGUACCGAAAGUGAAGGAUUUAAACCCCGACCCAAACCGACCCCCACUUCACGACCCGGCCAUUUUUGUAGUUUCCGUUUCAGAAAAUUUAACAAUUAUAUUGGCCGGAGUGGUGGCGAUCCUCAGGUGCGACCACUUCUGCAGGUCUUCCCACGAGUCGAUGUACUCGUAA